AUGCCGCCCUCCGUCGGCCGUCCCGCUCUGCCAUGGCCUGCGCUCGGCUUCUGGAGACUGGCUCUUCUCAGCUUGGCUGCUCUUGCUAUCUCGUCUCAUGCUGCCAAGCUCGGCCAGCGCGACUUCAAGCCUCUGUCCUCAAAGGCUAUCGGCACACUCGUGUCCUCGCCAGACCCUGUCCGCAACAUAGACCCUCAUAAUCCUGCCUCGCACCUCUUCAAGAUCCUCAUACCUAGACCACCAGAUACCGAAAACAACACGCUAGUCCGAGAAUACAUCGUCUCCACCCUCAAGAAACUCAAAUGGCACAUCGAGGAGGACGCAUUUAACGAUACCACGCCCUACGGCGUGAAACGGUUCACGAAUAUCAUCGCCACGAAAGACCCCAAAGCCCCCAGACGUGUUAUAGUCGCCGCGCACUUCGAUAGCAAGUUCUUCUCGACAUAUCCUGCAAACCAGUUUGUUGGGGCGACUGACUCUGCCGCGCCAUGUGCAUUCAUGCUUGAUCUCGCGGAGGCGCUUGAUCCGCUUCUCGACGAACGCCAGGAGCGUCUCGAGAACGGCGAGGAGGACGACGAGGACGUCGCAGAGACCACAUUACAGCUCGUGUUCUUCGACGGCGAGGAGGCCUACAAGCAGUGGACCGCCACCGACUCAAUAUACGGCGCUCGGCACCUCGCACACAAAUGGUCCACAACCUACAUCGCCCCCAACGCCAAGCGCCGCCUGCUCCCCGCCUCCGAAACCGAGCUCGGCACGAUCGAGCACCUCAUCCUGCUCGACCUCUUGGGGGCGCCCAACCCGACCAUCCUCUCCUCCUUCGUCGACACCGCGUGGCUGUUCGACGCGAUGGCCGCCGCGGAGACGCGGCUCGCGCAGGCCGGGGCGUUCGUGUACGGGACGGACGGCGCGGAGACACAGGAGAAGUUCACGAGCUUCUUCACGCCGCGCGAGGGCGUAUAUGGGUUUGGCGGGAUCGAGGACGACCAUAUCCCGUUCUUGAGGCUGGGCGUGAGCGUGCUGCAUGUUAUUGCGAACCCGUUUCCAAGGGUGUGGCAUAAGCUGCAAGAUGACGCGUCUGCGCUGGACAUCCCGACGAUGCGGAGAUGGAACCUGAUUCUGCGCGUGUUCAUGGCGGAGUACCUGAACCUUCAGCCUUCGACGUCCUCGCGAGAAGAGAGUGAGGACGCGCCUAGGAUACAACGGUCCGCAACUGAGCUGCCUGAGUUCAAAUUUCGUGGUACUGCUAGUGCUCACGAAGGCGCUCUCUUGCUUGGCUUCGGUUAG